UCCUUUAAUUCUUGUCAACAGGUGGAGAGAAAUUCGGUCGGAUCGGGCUAACGGUCGUCGUUGCUGUUUGUUCGAAUUCUCUUCUUUUCUGUGAAAUUCGGGCGGAAAAAAGAAAUUAGUGAAAGCUAUAUAAUCGCAGGAAUCAUGCCGAUGCCUUCGAACACGAUCAUCCCAAAACCCGUGGUUUCCUCCGGAUUCUGCGGGAACCCGCUCAAAAAGUCCACAAUGAUUGUCGGUGUCAUCACUCUUGUCUUUGGAGUCAUCUUCUUCUUCCUGUCCUUGGUGUACAUGUACUUCUUCGUGUCCCCGGCCCAUUUCGUCAUGAGUGGCGAAAAUCCCGUGAGCUUGCAAGCUGGUUUCAUCAUUUGCAUUCUGGUCAGCGCAUUCCUCAUCUACGGUGUGCGACAGGAUUGCCAAAAGUCGCACCGAGAGGAGUUCCGCGGGUACUUGAUCGUCAUUCUGGUCAUUCUCAUCGUUGUGGACGUGACGUUGGUCUACUUUGGCAUAGUCGUGAUCUCGUACUACCUUCAGCUCCGCGACCAGUUCCUCAACGAUCCCGAGCACGAACCAAAGCCAUUUGACAAAAUCCCGGCUUGA